AUGGAUGGCGACAAUCGAUCGGCACCCGUCCUGUAUGGAACAGCACCGCCAUGCGACGUUGCCCGUUCGAGCGGUGCUCCACAUGGAUCCAGCCACUGGAUUCGACUCGCUGUGAUCAUGAAGACCCACAUCGGAAGAAGGAACAACUGUGAACCAUGGACUCAGAUCAGCCCGAUUCCGAAGGAGACGAAGACGUCGAAAGGCCAGCCGAACAGGUUUUUAUAA